CGGAAAGACAGCCCUUUUUCUUUUGAUUUAAAAAAAAAAAAAAAUCCUAUUUAUAAUCGGUUCAUUUAAACCAUGGACGAUACAUUAAAUAACAAUUUUUUUGACGUGGUAACGCCAGAUAAUGUUUCUGAACCAGACUUGAGUUCUUCUGAUAAAACAAGGCUUAGAAUAACCCGUGCUUGGUAUUGAAUGAAGAAAAGUUUCAGGUGUAAUGGUUGAUUUACUUUUUUUCCUUUUCUUUUCUUUUCUGUCCAGUGAUUAUUGUAGAAAAAAGAAAAUUAAAUGUUAUUUUACACCUGGCCAAGCCUGUACAAAUUGUGUAUCUUAUGGCAUUGUUUGUGGAUUCAAUGAAAAUGCUAAAAAACGGGGGCCGCCUAAAGGAUAUAUUGAUGCUUUAGAAAAAAGAAUUCGAAAAAUGGAAGACUCUUUACAAAACCAGGCUACAGCAACAUCGCCUGCACCAGUACAAUCACCCUCACCAGGACCACAUAGACAAGAUUCAAUACAAUCUAACAGUGGGAUAAAAAAACCUGAAGGUGCAUCAUCUGAUAAAGUACAAUAUUUAGGGGACAUGUCUAGUUUUCAGCUAUUCUCAAACAAAAUUCAAUUGGAUGAUACCAACAGAAAAUGGAAAGGACACCAUAUACGUAAAUUUGGUAAACAAGUCGUUUUAGUAGAGGACGGGAAAGAAGAUGAAGUUGAUGAUCCAAGUAUACCAGACACUCAACUUGUACCUCAUGUGAAACCAAUACAUUACUGGAUUUACUCUGUCACCGGUGUAGACAGACAUACAAGUAACCGGUUAAUAAAAAUUUACUUUGCAAAUGUCCACCCAGUAUUACCAGUAGUCAAUAAAACAAGAUUUUUACAGCAAUAUAGGGAUUUAGCAGAUACAUAUCCUCCUUCAGAUUUACUAAACGCCAUGUUUGGUGCAGCUGCAAGAUUUGUCGAAUGUGAAGCUUUAAUUCAGAAAUCAAAAGCAAAUCGACCACCAGAUGCUGUUUGGGAUGUACCUGUCGGUUGGUCAGACCAGUUUUUUGAUCAAGCUCAGACUAUUAUUACCACUUCCUCCGCAACUCCAACCAUGUCAAAAGUUCAGUCUAUCAUUCUUAUACAUAAUCAUAGUGGGAAUUUGGAUUCAAAAUCAUCUGCCUGUUGGCUACUGGGUGGAUUAGCCAUACGACUGGCUCAGGGCUUGGGAUUAAAUCGUGAUUGUGAAGAAUGGGAUAUACCAGAGAAUGAAAAGCAAACUAGAAAAAGAAUUUGGUGGUCACUGUAUGUAGCUGAUAGAUUUCAUUCAGCUUCUCUAGGAAGACCCAUCAGUAUUAGAGACGAGGAUAAUGAUGUGGGUUACCCGGAUUCAACAGCAAGCUGGAAAGAAGUUUUAGAUGAAGAAGACGAUAACGAUUUUGGACCCUCCUCGCCACGCUUUCCUUCAGCGAUGUGUAGGCCCAAGAAGUUAGAAGGACGAGUAGGAAUUUAUCAAUUAUUUAUCGAACUCAUCAAGCUGUCAGAAAUACUCGGUACUAUCCUUCAAGGCUUAUAUACCCCAAAGGCAAAGAAAGUAGGCUUAGAACGAGGAAGUGAUGCCAUUGUGACCAGGUUAGAUCACCAACUAACUGAAUGGCGAUUUGGCUUUCCCGACGCUUUACAAAAGGCUAAUUUUGAAGAUUUCGAUGAAAGCACCGGAUAUCUUGCUCCUGUUACAGCAUCGGUUUUGUUGUGUUACUUUAGUUUGUUAAUUUUACUGCAUAGGCCAUUUAUUGAGGCAGCAGCCAAUGGUAAGAAACCAAGAUCAUCAUACUCAUCAUUCAGGAUCGGUACAAGUGCUGCUACUCGAGGUAUCCGAAUUGCUUCUCAAAUGACGAUGCGAGAUUUCAUGAUGUUUCCAUACUCUUUCAGUUUAUAUCCAGUCUUGCAAUGCUGUCUUAUUCACAUGUACAAUACAAAAAACCUGGACGCAAGGAUAUCUACACCCGCCAAGACUGAUUUAACAAAGGGAAUUUCCUUGAUUUCAAAAUUAAGACCGAUGUCAAGUACAGCACAAAGACUUUAUAGGUUGCUAAAGACGAUUAUGGAUAAUAAGGAAAUCGAAGUGCCUGUACAUGCUUCAGAUUCGGAAGAAUCGAAUAGGUCCAGAGAUAAUAGCGUGGACACAACGCCCAUGUCGAGCCGUAUAUCAGACGUUGGACGUGGAAGCAAUACAAAUAAAACCAAUGUUCGUGCUUACCAACAGCCUAUUUUACCUCCAACCGCACCUAGAAUUCUCACGCAAUCACCAAAAGAACAGCAUUCGGUUCGACAUUUCCAGCAAUCAUUAGCAGAGGUGAUUGCCCCGCCCCACAUGGAUGGUUCAACCAUUUCGUCCGCUCCGUCGCCUACAUCCAUGUCCGAAGCCUUUAGUUUAAAGCAAUUCGGUUUUAAUAACACAUUAGGUGAUCCCAAUCAACUUGAUUAUACUAUGCAAGACGUCUCAGCAUUCUCAGAGAUGGAAACUUUACCAGCGAUGCCCGACGUAUUCCAACAACAACCUUUUACAAACUUACAUCACAACCAUAACCCUUCCAUGCAGCAUUCACAAGUUAAUGUCUCAUAUGUACCUACUGCAUCACCUACUACAUCUAUACAAAGUAUACUGGAUAACAAUAACGAAGGGUUGUUUCGAAAUAAUCCUAAUAACCCCUUCUUUGGUAUUCCGUCUUCCAUGGAUUGGACAGAAUGGAACGAAUGGAGCCAGAGUAAUCAAGGCAAUACCACCUGGCAACCACCUGUCUAAGCCAAGAAACGUACAUAAUAAAAACAUCCAUCAUAUAUUUACGGUUUUCAGAAAA